UAUGAUGUAGCUUAAUUUGAGCAUGAACUUCAGGAGAAAUGUUGCUUAAAUUAAGGAGGUCAGUUGUUAGCCACCCAAUUGUUGUCUUCCCUUUUUUCCAAUUCUACGUUCCAGUUUAUAGAUAUCAUUUUCUAACAGAACAAAAGAGAAAAAGGACAAGAAAUCAUUAUUCAUGCUUAUUUUGUUUGCCAGUGUUCGUCGGAAGUGACGGUAAUUUUACGCAGCUGGGCAACCCUUUCUCAUAAUUGUUCAACUUCUGGUGCAGUUUUAUUUAGACAUCAAGCAUCAAGCUCUCGCAACCGUGUUUAUAAUCUUUCUUGUAUUUCUAGGGUGAGUUUUUCUAGUCUCAUAUUUUCCUUUGAAUUUUUCAUAUUAAUUAUUAAAUGGGAGCAUGGUAUUAGAAUUUCUCUAACAGUAAAAUAUUAAUCACAGCAUAUGGGUUCUUACCCGAAUUAAAGGGUCAAAGUGAUAACUUGUCCCCAAGCAGGCUGUCAAUAUUUAGUCCUAAAGCAAGCUGACAAUUAGUUGUAAGAUCCUUCUUGGGGUUCCAAAACGUUGACAGUGGUCAGUCCUUGGGGACCAUAACAAAGCCAGGAACCCCCUGAUGCCUUUAACAUGCAAGUUUUUAAAGUAUAUUAGGACCAACAGUAAUGUUAGAACAUGGGUUUCAUAGAACUUGCUCCCAAGAAAGGAACAUCUGCAAGUGGGUUGAUUUUGAGGAGACCACAUUGAGAAAUCUCAGUUUGCCGCUGAUUUAUCACAGUAGCAGCUUCUUAGGAAAGAAGUUUUGUAUUUUUUUUCGAAAGACUACAAAAGUGGUUAGUGGUUAGGAUUAGUUUAAUCUCUUUGAGACUAUUGGGGGAAGUGAUCUCUGCCAUUUCUUUAAAGUAAAUCUCUAGGACAUCAUAAUUCAGACACAUUUAUGCUUUUCAGCACUACUCACUGUAAAGGAAAAAUAAGAAAAAAGAAAAAGCAAAAAAGAGAUUUUUUUGACUCACUAUUGUUCUUUUCUUCUCCAAUGUUAUAGAGAUCUUGAACCUUGUAUCGUCUUAUUCAUUUCCUAUUUUAGCAAAAAUCAAAUUUGGGAGUCUUGAUUUAUCAGUCCAGGCAGCAAAAUGGCCUGUCAGCUGUUCUGGGUGGUUGUUUUACUAGCCAUCACAAGAGUUGGAGAAGCAAAAAUUGCUGGGGGACAAUGCAACUCCAACGACCUGAAAGGUCUAAUUGGUUUCAAGGCUGGGAUCCGUGCUGAUACUUCCGGCCGAUUAGCGAAGUGGGUUGGUCAUAGUUGCUGCAACUGGGAAGGUAUUCGUUGCCAUAAUCAAACUGGUAGGGUGACGGAAAUCCGUCUUUCAGUAUUCAUUUCCACCAAUGAUUUCGACUUUCAACCUGAAAUGAGAGGAUCAUUGUCUCCCUCAAUUGCACUUCUCACCUCUAUUGAAGUCAUUGAUCUUGGUGGCUUAAUAGGCCUGGCUGGAACGAUCCCGCCGGAGAUUGGUUUUCGACUCCCAGAGCUCCGGAAGCUGUACUUAUAUGGCAACAGGCUCAGUGGACCAGUACCAGACAGCAUUGGUAAGCUGUCGAAACUUGAAAAGCUUCACCUGCAUGAGAAUAGAUUGUCUGGUUCUCUUCCUCCAAGCCUAGGCAAUCUUACAAAUCUUCACCAACUGUUUCUAUAUUCAAAUAAUUUCACUGGGUCGAUACCUGAUUCCUUCACGAACUUGAAAAAUCUGAUGCGUCUGGAUCUACACAGCAAUGCUCUAACUGGUCAUCUACCAGUGAAGAUUGGUGAAAUGCAGGCGCUGGAAACGCUCGAUCUUUCGAACAAUCUAUUGGAAGGGAACAUCCCAGCUUCGAUAACAAAUUUGAAUUCAAUUUCAGAGUUGUAUUUGAAUGGAAAUCAUCUUGAGGGGGCAAUCCCAUUUCCAUCAAGUUCUGGCCAAAUGUCCUCUCUUGGUUUCCUUAGACUAAACGAUAACCAUCUCACUGGAAGAAUACCACCAAAUUUUGGGUAUUUGGUUUCUCUCCAGAGAGCGUCACUGGCAAAUAACAAGCUUGAGGGAGCAAUUCCUUCUAGUUUGGGCGGUCUAUCAGCUUUAACAGAGUUGUAUCUCAAGGGAAACCUGAUAUCUGGUCAGAUACCAAAAUCAAUCUCUCAACUCUCUCGUCUAAUUCUAUUAAGCAUACCUCACAAUUUGAUUCAAGGGCCAUUGCCUAGUGAGUUGUCUUCCCUUCAAAAGCUUCAAAGUUUAGAUUUGUCAUUCAACCGCUUGAAGCUCGUCUCCUUCCCCAAGUUGCUAUCAGAAAUGCCAUCACUUACCAAGAUAUACCUGGGUGGAUGUGGAAUUCAAGGAAAAAUUCCAGAAUUCUUGCGAGCGACUCCAAGUCCAAUGCAAGAACUGGACUUAUCUGCUAACCAUCUCAGCGGAAGCCUGCCUGCAUGGCUGGGGAGCUUGACUCAGCUCUACUCAUUGAAUCUCUCAAGGAAUUUUCUUGUUUCAGGGAUUCCUGAUUCAGUUACAAACUUGCAGCAACUGGGUGUGCUGGAUCUCCACUCAAACAGACUCACAGGCCCCAUAAGUAAAGUUUUUGAGAUAGGCAAUGCAUUUCCUGAUGGUUCAUUGACAUAUAUUGACCUCUCUAAUAACAACUUCUCUGGGGGCAUUGAACAAAUUGGAGUAGGAGGUCAAACAGGAAUGAAGUAUGUCAACCUGUCACGUAAUUCUUUGAUUGGCGGAGUGCCAACAUCCAUUGGGGGUUUGAAAUUAUUGGAGACUUUGGAUUUGAGCUCUAAUAAGUUUGGUUCCAGAAUACCAGAUGCUUUAGCUAAUGUGAGCUCAUUAGAAAGGCUGAAGCUGCAGAAAAACCAGUUCACUGGCAACAUACCAGUUGAAUUUCUGAAGCUGAAAAGGCUCAUGGAACUGGAUUUAUCAGAUAAUUUUCUGGAGGGAGAAAUUCCAACGGGUAAGCCUUUGAGCGAGUUCCCAGAAAGCUCUUACUCAGGAAACAGAGGUUUAUGUGGUAAGCCUCUUGCUCCUUGUAAUGCUUGAGGUUCGAAAUGCUCGAACAGAAAUAGAUAGGUUAAAAAUAUGUGCAGUUUAUCUGUGAAAUUAGACAAGCUCCAUCAUGAAACUCUA